AUCAGUUGUGCAAGAGAAGGGCUCUGUAGCACGAUGAUCAGUAGACUGGCUGCUUUGAUUCUUCUGAGUUCAUUGUCCCUGGUUCAAACUUCAGAGGUUCCUCAACAGGUCUCUUGGACUGUGCUUGAACUUGGUGAUAAUUUCACUUUGUCAUGUCCAUUCCUUGAAAAUGGAGCGGGGUUGUUUUUCUGGUAUAAGCUGAAGUUUGGCCAUAUGGUCCAAACUGUUGCGGAAGGAACUUAUAACAAACUAAAACUUCAAGAACAAUUUGACAACUCAAGAUUCAAGGUCCCCAUAGUGAACGAUCAGUAUGUUCUUGACAUCAGAAAUGUGAGCAAAGAAGAUGAAGCAACAUACUUCUGUCAAGCAGGAUCGGCAUACGGAAUGAAAUUUAUAAAUGCAACUCUUUUGGCUGUGCAUGACUAUAAAAAGCAGCAGAGAUCUAUCUACGUGAAACAAAGUCCGGAGACUGAGUCGGUCCAGCCGGGCGACUCAGUGACUCUGCAGUGUUCACUUCUCCCCAAGAACAAAGAAAACAGUGUCCAGUGUCCAGGUGAACACAGUGUGCACUGGUUCAGAUCUGGAUCAGGAGAAUCCCAUCCAAGCAUCAUUUACACUCAAAGUGAUAAACAAGAAGAAAGAAGUUGUGACUACAGUCUGUCAAAAACUAUCCAGAACUCCUCUGAUACUGGGACUUACUACUGUGCUGUGGUCACAUGUGGAGAGAUCCUGUUUGGUGAAGGAACCAAAGUGGAAACAAGACAAGAAUUGGGCACAUUCCUCAUUGUGCUUGGGACUCUGCUGGCCUGCUGUCUAAUUGUUAUUGCAGCUCUAAUCAUCUCUAGAAAUCAAAAGCCAGUUUGUGAACAUUGCAAGGGAGAAGCUUCCAAUCUUGCUCAAUAUGACAGAUCAGCUGAGGAUCAACCAAGCAAUGUGGAUGGUGAAGCGCUGGCAGUGAACUAUGUAGCGCUGGAUUUCCACUCAAGAAAUGCCAAAAGAUGGAAGAAUAACAGGGAGCUACCACAGGAGUGUCUGUACUCUGGCACAAGAGACCCUGAGUGACGUGAAGUCACCAUGAAGAAUGAACAUCUAACAUGUUCAUAGAGUGAUGCAGGAAGGAGUCAUGAAACCAGAAAUUAGAUUAGCUUAGUAUAGAGACAGCUUUUGUUUUGUGAUGUUGCCUGGAAGAAACAAGAAUACAUAUUUAUAAUCAUUCUUAAUAUAAUUUUAUUCUUUUAGAAAUAUUAUUACUUGUGAGAUUCAUCUUGAACAAUUACUCAAAAUUUGAAAAAAUCACUUAUUGCCUUUUUUUGUCAUAAUGUAUUCGGUUUGAUAAAACACCUGCUGUAUAAUUCAAUUCAUUUUUUUUUUCAGUUUGACACUGUGUGUGGUUUAAAGUUGUUGGAUCUGAAUAAAGCU